AUAAUAGUAAUAACGCUCUUGUAUAUUUUUAGAUCACUAUCGUUGCAUGAUACUAGGAGCAUAGUAGCUAAUGAGAGAGACAUAAACCUUGCGAGUCAAAAUAUCAAUGCACCAGUUCGCGCAUCAUCACAUGAGGAAUUCAGCGACUAUUCCGAACAUGAAGGAGAGGCGGUGUCACCGAAGCCUGCCCAUAAACCUUUCUUCCGCAGAUUAUCUUUUAAGGGACUUAAAAAAGGCAAGAGUUUCUUCCACAAACAACAGAGCGAUGAAGUCGAAUUGUCUCACAGUGAACACCGUAAAGACAAGCACUCCAAGGCAAAGCUAUCGAAAAUCGUGGUGGAGUGUCGAAAGGAAGGAAUCGUUAAUUCUUUGAUGGGAGAAAACAUAGACGGCACACAAAAAUGGGAAAAGUCACGGUUAGCUCUAAUAAAAGCCAUCGGUGGUUACAUGUUGGAAUUUUACUCUCCGCCGAAGGCUGUAAAACCACGAAGCGGUGUCUUUUGCUCGGCGAUAACGGAAGCAAGGGAAACUACGGCACUCGAAAUGCCGGAUCACGAGAACACGUUCGUUUUGAAGACUCAGAAUAUGGAAUUUGUCAUCGAGGCGCACGAUUCGAAUGAUAUGAAAUCGUGGUUGGCGACGAUCAGAUAUUGCAUGCGAACUGUGCAGCAAAGCUCUAGCGCUCCCGGUUCCGGACCGGGUGAUUCCUUAGGUGAUUCCCUAGGCCACGGUUCGCUGGCUAUCGGAUCCGACAGUGAUCGAUUACGAGCCAAUUCGGCAAGUAAGAGCUUCCGAUCCGCUAGUCAUGAACAUGGUGACGACUCGCAGGGCAAUCCGCCGGAAUUACCUCCAAGACUUCAUAUGCGUAGCAGCAGUAAUCUAGAAUUAUGUUCCUCUCAGCAAGAAAUCGAGCAAAUGCCUGCUAACGAAGGUGAGCUGGAUUUGUCGAGUAGUUUACGAGAAUACCCAUGGUUUCAUGGCACCCUUCCUCGCUCGGAUGCUGCACAGCUCGUGUUACACAGUGCAGCUAAUGGUCAUGGCGUAUUUCUGGUUCGACAAAGCGAGACCAGAAAAGGCGAAUUUGUAUUAACUUUUAACUUCCAAGGAAGAGCAAAACAUUUACGGAUGACGCUAAAUGAUCAGGGCCAUUGCCGAGUUCAACAUCUAUGUUUUCCUGCGAUAUACGAUAUGCUUGAACAUUUUCGCCAGAACGCGAUACCACUCGAGUCUGGUGGGACUGCGGAUGUUACUUUAACAGAGUAUGUAGUGGCGACGAAUCAUGCAUCACGAUCGGGGCACCAUAACGUGGCGAGUAGUUCGAAUGUACAACAGUUGCAAGAGAGGAGACCUCCGGCAACCCUGGAGCCCAGAGAAGUACGCACUUAUGGUGGUUCUAUAAGAACGCGCGUGGAAUCAUUGGAGAGACUAGAGCAGCAGAAUACCAUUGCAGAGCAACAGGGCUCGGCUUCGUCCACUGGCAGAGCAGUUCAGAACACUUAUAGUUUUCUCUGACGCUGGAUUCACGCUAACCCACCAUCAGGCUACAAUCCAGUCAGUCCGACGGACUGAACGUGAACGAUGAAGUAAUGGCAGUUUUUAUUUCCAGAAUUGCGUCACACCAUAAACUACUGUUUGCGAGAAAGCGCAUCACUUUACUAGUACAAAAGAACUGCGUUUCUUUCUUUUUCCUCCCCCUUUUUUUGGAGACUAUCUUCCAAUCAUUGACUCUUGCAUUCAGCAUUUGACAUUAUAUCUUUACGAUUAAUCAGCAACGUAUUUGCAUCGCAUUUACAUCGAAUACUAAGAAAUAGAAUAGAUUAUUAGCAAAACGAGUCUAAGUUAGC